GAAGGUCCACGCAAUUCGUAUGCACAAAAACCUGUAGCAGGUGCACAUGCGAAUGUCGCCGACGAGGCAUCUUUGAGGGUAGGUCAAACAAAUAAUCUUUCUACCGUGUAUGCUAUGACGGAUUCGACGGCAGCUCAGGCCUUGCCAGAGCAGGGUGGGGUCGUCGAUGGGCCUGACUCGAGCGAUGAGUUGUAUGAAGGUGUCUAUGCGAAGCUGGUUGAGUCCGUCUGUAUCAAAGUAGCUGCCAAAAUGCAUCGCAUGGCCAAAAGUGGUGAGCUUUCUUACGCCGAUUUGGUUGCCCCCAAGAAACGACGAUUACUCUAUCCUGGAUUGUACAACAGCGAGGUCGAGGUUGUCGCGGCUCUGGAUCGUUACGCAGUCGAAACGCCGGUUAGCCCACUCAAAACACUUCGUCGCGUCACAAAUGAGCCUGCGUCGUCGUCACCAGCCCCUAUGGUCAUUGAAGAUCGCACCGAAAGUUCGGUCAGCAUUUCAACACGGCAACAAGUGCAGACCGAUAUCUGGGGGCGAAUUCCGGCUAAAGAACCAAAGGAGUUGGUAGCCUGUUCAAUUUGCAAACGCCAAGUUAAUGGUACCCGCUUUGCGCAGCAUCUGGAUAAAUGCUUGGGAAUAGGAACAAUGGCUCGAGCUGCGGCUUCUGGAAGUGGAAGUGUACGCAGUGGAUCGAAAUAA